AUGGCACCAAAAAGACCAGCUGGUUUAGGUGCAGCUAGUAAAGCUAAAAAGAACAAACAGGAGGAGCCAAAUAAAGAAGAAAGAUCGAAUGUAGUACCACCUACACAGGAAGAUACAGAAGAUGGUGACGAUUGGUUAGAUUUAUUAGAAUUAUGGGAGAAAUGUAAAACUAGCUUGAAUAGUAAUGAACCAGCAUCAAGCGCACCCUUGCUUAGAGGAAUUUUACAUGAAACAAGUCGUUUGGUUGAUCUAAACGGAACAGAUUUAUCUGGAUUUAAAAGUGUAUCUGAAAAUGGAGAGGAACUUCAGGUUUCUGUAUCGCACUUCAGAUUGAUUUUGGCUUCUGCCUUAUUGGAACUUGGUAUUUUAAUAUCAGCAUCUGCAAGAUUUAAUGAAAAGGAUAGCCUUGCAGCGGAAGGAGAACCAAAGACAGGCUCACCAUUCUUCUUUAGAGCGUAUUCAGUCGCUAAGACAGUUGAGGAUCAAGUUUUUAUUGAAGAUUCUGAAUUAGUCGCUGGUAGAUGCGCAGCGGAGUAUCUCAAAGAGCGUACAGCAUCUGGAGAGACAAGCAACGAUCCAGAUGAUGAGCUUAAAGAGGAAUCUAAUCAACAACUUUUAGAAAUCGCUACUGAGAGCAUCUCAAAAUGCAAUUUAGACACGAAAUCUCCAACCUUGUUACUAUCUUUGGGUUCUUUAUUAUCAACACUCGAAGAAGAUAUCAUCAAUAUUGAAAAUCCAUCAACGGCAUUAUCAAUCUUCGAAACUGCACUUAAAAAAGCAGAUAAUACACAGACAAAGUUUGAACUACUCAUUGGAAAAGCCAGAGUGUUGGUUUCGCGUGGUGGAUAUGUUAUAGACAAGUUGUUUGACGAAGAAGACCCAUCUGGUAAAUCAAAAGUGGAAGGAUAUGUUCAACAGACGGUGAAUGAGUUAAGAGUAGCAAUCAAUAGCUUAGAAGAAGCUCAAAACAUGUCAGACGACCUUGAAGUAGGCGAAAGUGAAGCAAACGAGCUUACAUCUUUACUCAAGGAAGCGAUGAUUUUCCUCGCCAACUUGCUUCCAGAAGGUGAAGAGCAGGAAGAACUAUUCAAGAAGGCAGGCGUAGAAGACGAGGAAGAAGACGAGGAAGAAGACGAGGAAGCUUAAUGGCUAGGAAUAUCCAUAGUACAUAUUUAAUAUUAUUUAAAUGAAUUGUUAUUUGUAAUAUCUCACCACCAUCAGUAGUGAAAUAUAAACGCG